AUGUCAAACGAAACAGAAGACAAUAAAUCUAAUAUGAAAUCAUCUUUUUAUCCUGAACAUGUUUUAAAUAAUAAAUCGAGAGAUAAUGAAAAUGAUUCAAUAAAAAAUGAUAAAAAAAAAUCGAAUUCUUUGAAUAAUUUUCGAGUUGAUAAUAAUUCAAAUGAAACAGAAAUUAAAUCUCCAAUAUCUUCUCAUCGUUAUGAUACAAAUAAAUUAAAUAAUGAUAAACAAUUAUCAUUUCAUUCAUCUUCAAAUGAGGAAGAAACAAUAUUUAAUAAUAAUUCAAAUUCAUCUUUUCAUCUUAAUCAACAAGAUAAUAAAUCUAAUCCAGAAUUCAUUUCUUCACAAGAUAAACAAAAUCAAGUUAAAUUAACUGAAGAUUUCGAUCAUCUUUCGAUAGAUGAACAACAUUCACAUCGACCAAAUAUAGACACUCAAUAUAUCGGCAGUGGACGAAUACCAGUUAGUUUAAUAUUAAAAGAAGAGAAUAUUGAUGAGAAUAAUUCAGAAUAUUUUCAAUAUGAUAAUUCAAAUAAUGAUCAUCCAUCGUGUCAAUUUUGUGCAGAUAAGAAGUGGCUCAAUAUCCAAUGGCGUCAAACUGAUACAAAUACAAAUGAUCAACACAUUGACACAAACCAAAUUAAAAAACCAAAUGAAUUGGAAAAUGAAAUGGAAGAUCCAUUUGGUAAAAUCGAUCAAUUAUUAUUAGAUCGUAUUCAAGGAUCCAUUAUCGGAAUGGCAUUAGGUGAUGCUCUUGGAGCACAUGUAGAAUUUCGACCAUACGAAUAUAUGAAAAAUAAUCCAGUAAGAGAUCUCGAAGGAGGAGGGACUUGGGGUCUUCAAAAAGGACAGUUCACUGAUGAUACAUCGAUGGCUCUUUGCUUAGCUAAUUCAUUAUUGGCUCGUCGGGAUUUUAUUCCUUAUGAUCAAUUAGUUCGUUAUAAAUGGUGGUAUAAAUUUGGAUAUAUGUCAUCGACUGGACAAUGUUUUGAUAUAGGUGCAGCUACUAGUCAAUCAUUAAGGGAAUUUGAACGUCGUCAAAGUUGUUUUGCAAAAGAAAAAUCUCUUCCACUUAAAAAACUGGAUCAAUUAUCAGAUGUUGAACUUCUUAAUGAAUUCGAUGUAUAUUGUAGUGAAUCAAAUGUUGCUGGUAAUGGAGCAUUAAUGCGUCUAGCUCCAGUACCUCUAUUCUUCUAUCGUAAUAAAUAUACAGCAAUAGAAUUUUCUGGUCGAAGUGGACAAAUAACUCAUGGUGAUAAAAAGGCUUAUGAUGCUUGUCGAUUCUAUGGUGCAUUAAUUGUUGCUGCUCUUCGUGGAUUUAAAAAAGAACAAAUAUUAGCUAAGAAUUUUUAUUCUGUACAUAAACAUUGGUUUGGUAAAGAAGAAUUAGAUAAAGAAAUUCGAAUAAUUGCUGAAGGAUCAUAUAAAAAGAAGGGUGGAUAUGAACAAGGUAUUAGAGGAAAAGGUUAUAUUGUCAAAGCUCUUGAAGCUGCAUUAUGGGCUUUUUGGUCUGAUGAUAAUUCGUUCGAAAAAGGUGCUCUUGCUGCUGUUAAUCUUGGUGAUGAUACUGAUACAACAGCUGCUAUUUAUGGUCAACUAGCUGGCGCUUAUUAUGGAUAUAAAAAUCUACCAGAAAAAUGGCUCGAUCAUGUUUAUGCACAUAAAUUUCUGAAAACAUUAUCGAAAUGGAUUGCUUAUGAAGGAGAACAAUGGGAAUCGAACAUCCGAAAGUCUACUAUUAAUAAAUAA